GCUGGACAAACGCAGCAGCACCUUUGGGCAUCCACACACCGCCUUGCCAUCUCACCGAAUCUCGGCGCCGCGGAGGAUUCAGCACUGGCACAGGGUUCCACACGUUCGCGAUCGCGGUCCGCUGCUACGGCCUCUCCCCUAACCUCGCCCAAGCCGUGCUUGUGCCGUCAGUUCAUCGUGCAGACACGGCACGCUCGCCCGCCUCGCACUGCGACCGCCACGAUUGCCGACAUUUCCAUCGAUAUCACGUGUAGUCCAUCCACCGCACACAUAACUGGCCCCUGAUUUGACGGUAGCGGGAAGCAGCGCCGGGCGCUCGAGCGAGCUUUGAGCACACAACAAGCACCGUGCUGACCCCACCCCCACUUCCUCGCCCUUAUUCUCUGACGCCGACGCCGGGCGCUCACCAACGCACUGUCAGAGCCCACAUCAGCUUCUUCGCUCUCAUAAUGCGGCGUCGCGCAGCCGCCACGGCAGCAGCAAGCCUCCUUGUCACGCAGGAAACCGUACCAGCGCCACCUCAAGCUGCCACAGCCACUGCCGCUCCUGCCCUCAUGACUCUUCGCGCGCGGCGCAACGGUAGAACCACGAAUACCGACAGCGUCCGCCCUCUAUCCAAAGAGGACGACCGGCACCCAGAAAAGCAACAAGAGACGCCGGACAGCGCUGAAAGUAAGUCGCAACAGCUCUCCGCUCGCAAACUAGCCGCCUACUCGCAAUCGUCCCUUGCCGGCCCCUUCCCCGGUUUUGCGUAUCCCACAGCAGAAGAGGCGGAGAAGGUUGCAUACCUACUCGCUGAUUGGCACGGGUACAGGAAGGGCGAGGAGGCAGGUGAGACUAUGCUGCCGAGACACCGAAAGCCGCAGAGUGACGACAACUGGGGGGGUUGUGGAAAUGUACCGUCCGUUCUCGAUGCACUGAUCCGUACGGUGCUCUCGUGCAACACGUCGAGCCGCAACUCGACGGCGGCACACAAGUCGCUCGUUGCGCGCUUCGGGCGGCAAAACUGGGAGGCGAUCCUUGACGCGCCGCACACCGAGCUCGUCGAGGCAAUCCGCUGCGGCGGCCUGGCGAACAGCAAGGCGCGGACCAUCCGCGCGAUCCUCGAGCAAACGCGGCAGCGCCACGGCUGCCUGUCGCUCGACCACCUGCACGCACCCGAUGUUGCGGACGGCGCGAUUAUGCGCGAGCUGCUCGCCUUCCCUGGCGUCGGGCCCAAGGUGGCGACGUGUGUGUUGAUGUUUUGCAUCGGCCGCGACACAAUCGCCGUCGACACACACGUUUGGCGUCUCAGCAAGAUGCUCGGCUGGGUCCCGGACACUGCCACGCGCGACCAGACAUGCUACCACCUCGAGGAGCGCCUCCCGCCGCCCCUCAAGUACCCGCUGCACGUCCUGCUCAUUAAGCACGGCAAGAUGUGCGGCGCAUGCUCCGCGCGCGGAUUCGCCACUGUCGAGAUGGACAACGGCUCGUCGAACGGCGGCGUGCAGAGCGGAGCGGAAGAUGAGAGGGACAGAGAAGAUCUAGAAGAGCAGUCGGGGCUUGCGAGCGGUGACGCAGGCGCAGGCGCCGCAGGUGCGCAGGAUGAAAGGAAGAAGGGAAGGGAAGCACGGCCGUGUCCGCUCCGCCAGCAUGGGUUCGUGCAUAGCCGAACGUACAGCAAGAAGAUGUCGCUCCACAAAGCCGAAGGCGACGCCGAUAUCGAUGCUAGCCCAGGAAAACCCAAGAGCAAGCGUCGCAGCGGAUCCUCGCACGCCAAGGAAGAUGACGAGUCGGCCGCGGCGGAAGCGGACGGAAAACCCAUCUCGACAGCCGGCUCGUGCAUUCGCGCUCUGAAAAGGGCAAAGAAGGAGGAUGUUCCUGAAGCGGGUGUAUCGCGUGCGAAUACAGCUGCGAAUGCCAUCGGCAGCGGCGGCUCACGCUCAUCUUCACGGAAACGGGCCAAGGCCGAGGCGUAGAUGUGCUGUAUUUCUUUUUUUUAUUGUGCCUCUGUUUAUAAAGAAUAUCAUAGAUACACAUUUUUGCC